GCGAAACACAUUAUUUACGAACGACGAAACCUACUACGAAAAUGGCCGAGAUAACAGAUUUCGGACCAAGAAAGACGAUUUUUAUACUCGCGAUCGUGGCCAGCUGCUUCGCGGUGUUAUGGCCGAAAAUUUUCUAUCCUAUGCUCACAGCAUCUGUCACCCCGCAACCUACGACGGACAGUUCUGUGUGCUGCGAAGUAAUAUUUGAAAGCGAUGUCACUGCAGUGGAUAUCAUGCAAGAAAUGUGUCAAAAUAUAUUGAGGCAUCAUCCGGUUGAUCCACGUGUCAGAGAUGCGUUAAAGCUUAGCAAGCUGAGCCCACAAACCGCGAGUUUGUGUAGAGAGGAGGUUCUAGCCAGAUGUGGCAUUGAUUUAUCAUCUUUUCUUGCUGAGAGAGAACGAUUGGGAAAAACUUACAAACAAGUGUUGGAGGAAAUUAGAUCGUUCAAUAGCUCUCUUUGCCUUAAAAUGAACUUUGGUGUACCAUUGUCUCAAUUAGGAACACCUCAUCUUAUCAGAUAUCAUAUCUUGAUGCCACAUAGUACUAUACGACAGGAGCGUCGUACUCCUCCUCAUGCAGGUGGAAUGCAUCCUGCGAUGAUGGAGCGGGGAAGAGCUAUACCAUCCUCCCACAUUGUACCAAAGGUAAUUGACAAAUCCGACCGUGUUAUACCAAAAAUGAGACCACCUCUUGGCGGCGCUGGUCAUGUUGUUCCAGCUCCCAAAGGAAACGGUACAAUGGGAAUUAUAAUGCCGCUAUACACAAUAGGAAUAGUUUUGUUUUUCCUAUACACCAUUGUUAAGGUAUUGAAGAAAAAUUCGGAUAACGAGAUUAUUUCGGAAUACCCAGGGGCAGCUGCUGAAAAGGAAUUUCGAAAAAUGGUGUUCAGUCCAGAAGCUCUGGCUACUGCAAUGACUGGAGGUACGCUACAUUAUCCAAGGGAGAAGUCACCAUAUAGAGCUGCACCAACUAUAGAGGAGUUGAAGGAUCAAGCGGCAGGAGACAUAGAGAUAGAUCAACUGAGACAACGAUUGGUCGAGACGGAAGCAGCCAUGGAAAGAAUCGUUGUUCAGAUGAGCAACAUAUCACGUUCAGUAGUGCAUAACUCGGGCUCACAGCCAGAAAUCAAGGAAGACACUAUAAUUCCGGAAUCACAUAGUAGAGAAGGAGAAGAAUUAGAUGCCGUAGAACAAUCACCAACAGUUAAAGUUAUGGGUAUGGAAAUGACAGCUAGUUGUGAAAGUGGACAGAAAUGUAGCAGACCUACCACUCCUAUUAUUUCUACACCAAGUAAUAUUGAAAGAGAAAAAACGCCACCAAAACCUAUAUAUUUAGAAGGUGCACUACCGCCGCAAUGUGAAUUACUUGUGACCGAUUCAGAAACACAAGCGGAAAAGUCAGAGGAUGACGACGACGCUCCCGUUGUUCUCUCAGGCAAAAUGACCCUCUCCCUCAUCAGCCUCGACCAGAUUCCAGCUGAUUCAGAAGAUGAAGCUCGAAAUGGAAAGAAAGCAGAAACCUUGAAAACGGAUACAGAAGUUGAGAAUGUAUUAGAUAAAAAAUCAAAGUUAUGGCAAAGAGAAGAAAAGGAAGAAGAAAAAGAGGAAAGAGAAGAUAAAAAAGAAAAGGAGGAGGAAGAAGAGGAAGAGAUAGAAGAGGAGGAAGAGGUAGAAGAGGAGGAAGAGGUAGAAGAGGAGGAAGAGGUAGAAGAGGAGGAGGAAGAAGAACAGGAAGAGGAGGAAGAAGAAGAAGAGGAAGAAAUUGAGGAAACAGAAAAAGAAAAGGAGAAAAUACCAGAACAGAAGACAGAGGGAGAGAAAAAAGAAGAAGUUGAGGAGGAGGAGGAAGAAGAAGAAAAAGAAGAAGAAGAAGAAGAAGAGGAGGAGGAGGAGGAGGAGGAGGAGGAGGAGGAGGAAGAAGAGGUAUGGGGAUGGGACAUAGAAAAGGAGUCUGAAGAUGAGUACGAGGAAAAGGGAGAAGAGGCGGAAUUAAUUUCCAAUUCAGAUGAACAUGAUGAACAAUACUGGAAAAAUAUGAAAAAUAGAAUGAGCAAAAGAGAAACUAGUCAAGAAUAAAAAGGCUAAAGACUUUUGUUUUUUCAGGCGGAUCAGUGUUUACCAAUCUUUAAAGAUUGGUCCCUUUAUUAUAACAAAAAAAGCUACAUAACUACUGCAAUAAUUAUAAGAAAGCUAAUAUAUAAAUAUACUCACAAUAUAAAAAACAUAAACUUAUUGAUUAAGCACUGCCAAAUAUCUAAAAUGUACAUCUUGUAUCGCAUUUUUGUUUUUUUUAGUCAUUAUAUUCAACAUUUUAUAGAAUCAUAAAUUUAUUGACCACAGGGGCCAAAAGAAAGAGAGGCAGUGCUAUCUGUGCCAUUUUACAGUGGCAUAGAUACUUCAAUCUGUAACACAUAUUAACUCCUGUUACUACCUAUGUACUUAAAAAGUCAUUUAAAUAAUGUCUUGUAAAUGCCAAAAAAAAAAAAAUAGAAUUAUAAAUCUCUUUCCAAAUAACAUAUGGCAUAGAUAUCAAACUUGUUGAUUGGCAAGCACUGAUACAACUCAUGCAAAAGCCAAAAAUUUAGUCUUUCUUUUUUUACUAUAAAGACAGGGUUCUCGUUCGUAAACUUUUUGCUUCAUUUAUCGUUCUUCAUAUAUUUAAUUUUAUGUGAAACUGUAGCAUUUUGUUUCUACAUUUUUAGUUUUUUUUUUAGUAUGAAAUUUUAUAAUAAACACUUUUCGAUUUCUGUUU